UUAAGCUGGCCGGAGGAGGGCUGUGAUUUCCAGCACGGUGCUCUCUUGCAUUUUAAAUUCCCAGUCUGCACAAAAGGGAUAACAAGAGGUUGGAAGAGGAGGAGGAGGUGGAGGAGGAGAGAGAGCAGGGCAGCCUUUCUCAAGACGGCAGCGUAUUUCACUCAGUUGUAACAAGGAGGAGAGAAGGAUGCAGGCAUAAAGAGGAGGAGAAGCAGCACCCUUUCAGACACCUGCUGUGGGCCUUCUCUGUCUUGGCCUUUUUCUCUUCUUCUUUUGUGUUGAUGCUGAUCUCAUCCUCUCUGAUUUCCUCUUCUCUCUGACCUGUUUUUUUUUUUUGGGGCCUUCACUGGCUCCUGGAACAAAAGCUACUACGCCUUUUUCCCCUCGGUGGUGUUGGUUUUGCCUCACAUCAGCUGAGUCAUCAUGUCUGAUCUGACGCCUCAGAGUGAAACCCCGACUCCCACCACUGACAAGAUCACCCAGGCCGCACGGGAGACCAUUUAUCUCUGCAACUUUCGCGUGUCUGUCGAUGGCGAGUGGCUUUGCCUUCGCGAGCUCAACGACAUCUCCCUCACGCCAGACCCAGAGCCGGCGCAUGAAGAUCCCAAGGAUCCCAUCGCAAUCGAAAGGCUUAACUUGAUGAACAUGGCCAAACUGAGCAUCAAGGGCCUGAUCGAGUCUGCUCUCAACCUGGGACGCACACUCGACUCUGACUAUGCACCUCUCCAGCAGUUCUUUGUCGUGAUGGAGCACUGUCUGAAACAUGGGCUGAAAACUAAGAAGACCUUCCUGGGGCAGAACAAGUCAUUCUGGGGGGCGUUGGAGCUGGUGGAGAAGCUGACGCCUGAGGCAGGAGAGAUCACUGCCAGUGUAAAAGACCUGCCUGGCCUCAAAACUCCUCUAGGCAGAGGGCGCGCCUGGUUGCGACUGGCCUUGAUGCAGAAGAAGCUCUCCGACUACAUGAAGACCAUCAUCAACAGAAAGGACCUGCUCAGUGAAUUCUACGAGCCGAAUGCGUUGAUGAUGGAGGAGGAGGGAGCCGUCAUCGCUGGACUGCUCGUUGGACUCAAUGUCAUCGACGCCAAUCUGUGUAUGAAGGGAGAAGACUUGGACUCGCAGGUCGGGGUGAUUGAUUUUUCAAUGUACCUCAAAGAUGGCGGACACAGUAGUAAGAGUGCAGAGGGCGACGGUCAGAUCACAGCCAUUCUCGACCAGAAGAAUUACGUGGAGGAGCUGAACAGACAUUUAAGCGCGUCAGUAAAUAACCUGCAGGCCAAGGUGGACGCUCUGGAGAAGUCCAACACAAAGCUCACAGAGGAGCUUGCAGUGGCAAAUAACAGGAUCAUCACCUUACAAGAAGAUGUGGAGAGAGUAAAAGAGGAGAGCUCAUAUCAGCUGGAGUCCAGAAAGGCGUUAAGAAGCGACUCUGCAGCAGACGGACAAGCGCUGGGCGAAACGCGCAAGCAGCUCAAAGAGGAGACGCUGCUGCGAUUGGAUGUGGAGAAGGAGCUGGAGGUGCAGAUCGGCAUGAAGCAGGAGAUGGAGCUGUCGAUGAAGAUGCUGGAGAAAGACAUCUGUGAGAAGCAGGACGCUCUGGUGGAGCUCAGACAGCAGCUGGAGGACCUCCGCACCAUCAACCAACAGCUCAGCCACAAGUCACAGAGCGCAGAUGCCAGCUCUAAACAGAAGAGUGACGUCAUCGCUCGCCUGGAGGAGAAAAUAAACCAGAUGUCAGGGACCGUAAAACAGCUGGAGACCAGAUGCAAACAGGCUGAGAGAGAGAGGGAUCUGGCUGUCGAGGCGAACCGGCUCUUCAAACAGGAGUUUGGAGACAAAAUUGAGAGUCUGCAGGUGGAGGUGGAGCAGCUGAGGAAACACAGGUCUAAUCUGGAGCAUGAGCUGAGAAGAGAGCGAGAGCGAAAGAGCGAGCAUCAUCACCUCAACGCCGCAUCCAGACAGCCCAGUACUCCUCAGAGGGAGAGGAGACAACCGGAGAACAUACCGAGAAAUCUUCCAGAAUCCCCAUCAGUGAAAAGGGAGAGUGACCAGUUACACAGUGGACAGGAGGACAAAACCAGCCUGAGCUCCAGCCUGUCCUUGUCACAUCAUGAGGACGAGCAGGACGAGUCCUUCGUGGAGAUCAGCCAUCCCUCCAUGUGUACGAUGUGUGAACAGGACGAGUCCCUCCUGAAGACGAAGAAACAGUGUAAGAACUGCAGCGGCGUUUUCUGCGAGAGCUGCGUGUCCAACGAGCUGCCGUUGCCCUCCUCCAUCCUCCCGGAGACUGUGUGCACCGCCUGCUACUCCCUGUUACUCCAGCAAUACGCUUCAACGCCGACAUGAGCACACUCGGACACAAAUUGACCGGACAACAUGGAAACCAGAGGCAUUGAUUUGUAAAACUGGCACUGCGAAAAUGCACUUUUUCAAUUCAUGGCUUCAAAUGUCGUGACAGAUCUGAGUCCUGAAUUCUGUGGGAUAUUUUAAUCACUUUUAAGUCAGCAGUGUCCAAACGUGCAAAUGUGUGCCAUUGAGAGCUGUGCGUGUGCAGGUUUUUUAUUUUAGCCAAAUACUGUUGUGGUCAUAAACCCUCUCUUCUGUUUGAAAGUGUGUGUUGGGCUGCUGUGGUAUUUUUUAUAUUUUUUUUCCAAUGGAAACCUGCACUAACGCAGCUGAAAUGGCACAAAAAACAGGAAUCAUCUCAUUCAUUUAAAAACUGACUCUCCACAGCGUCCACUGAGUGGAUUAUUGAUGAAAAGAUCAACUGACAAUAUUUUUAACCUCAGUUUUAAAAGAUUUAAAAAGAAGGAAAAACUGGAUUUUUCAUAACAGUUUCAUCAUAUACCAAUAAGAAUAUCUAUGUGGUGAUCAAUGAAUGUUCAACAUGGAACCAGAUUCAGGGGAAAACUGACAAAAUCAUCACACCUUUGACCAAAUACAAUUAUAUAGAACAUGUCAGUAUUUAAAGCUUUUUACACAACAGAAGAAUGUUGUAAAAUGUUAAUUUCACUGAGCCUAAUGAGUUCACGCAAACAUUUAAGACCAGGAAAAGACAAAUAUUUAAGUUACACCACGAUAUUAUAACAGGAAUAUUGAAAUUAUAUGAGCAGUAUACUAAAAAUCUAGUCUGUUAUCAUAAUAUUGAUGUGUUCAAAUUUUCAGAGGGAUAAUUCACCAUUUCAUAUUUGCUUUUUUUGAUAAGUUAGAUGAGAACUCUCAUGUCUAAAUAUGGAGCUGAUGGUUGGCUUAGCUUAGCAUAAAGACUGGAAAUACAUGGAAACGGCGAGCCUGGCACCUGUCCUGCAGACACAAAAUCCACCUAUAGGCACGUUUGAAGCUCACUAAUUAACACGUUGUGUCUCGUUCUUUAAAAUUUGUAUAAAAAUCA